AUGUUCCGCGUCAACGCCCUCGCGGCGUCGUUCCGCGCCCUCUCCGUCCGCCCCGUCGCCUCCUCGUCCCGCCUUGUCCUCCCCGCCAAGCCGGCCGCGUUCUCGACUUCGGCUCCCCUCGGCCUCACUGCGAACCAGCUCAUCCGCGGCGACCGCAAGCACAAGACGAAGCAAUCGAAGGCGCCGCUGCUCGAGGGCUGCCCGCAGAAGAAGGGUGUCGUGUCCAAGGUCUAUACGACUAAGCCGCGUAAGCCCAACUCGGCCGUGCGUAAGGUGUGCCGUGUCAAGCUUUCGACCGGAAAGUCGACCAUCGCCUACAUCCCGGGAGAAGGACACAACCUCCAGGAGCACCAGGUCGUUCUGAUCCGCGGAGGAAGGACGAAGGAUCUGCCCGGUAUCCGUUACAAGGUUGUCCGUGGUGCGCUCGACCUGCCCGGUGUUGCGGGCCGCACGUCGUCGCGCUCCAAGUACGGCGCCAAGAAGCCCAAGGCCUAG